AACGUCACGCCAAAUCAACGGAAGUGACGAUUGCAUGAACUUGUGUCCACGUAUUGUUGAAUAUACAGUUAAGUAUUGAAGUUGGCUUUAUGAGACGUCAAAUACAUUACAUUUCACAAGAUAGACCUCAGCAGUAAAGAACUUACUACUUUGCAAUGGAUCAAAUCAAGAAAUUCGUUGAACCAAGCCGUAAAUUUACUAAGGACAGCAUCAGAUUAGUUAAAAGAUGUACGAAACCCGAUAGAAAAGAAUUCCAGAAAAUUGCAAUUGCUACAGCUAUUGGAUUCUGUAUAAUGGGAUUCAUUGGAUUUUUUGUUAAACUUAUUCACAUUCCUAUUAAUAAUAUCAUUGUGGGUUCGUAAAUUUAGGAUGAAAAUUUUAUUUUAUUUAUUGUUAAGAUAUAUUUUCUGAUUACUUCCGGCAAACUUCCCACAAUGGAAAUAAAAAUAAACUAUUAGCUUACUUAAUAAUAAUAUUUAUACUCCAUAAAUUACGACUUUCAGAAUUUAAAUCAUAUUGAGAAGUAAACGAAAGUAAUUAUAAAUGCGUGUAAUAAUAAUUAUUUUUUUUUUUAAUAAAAUAAAAAAAAUGUAACAUAA